AUGAAGAACUCCAAUAGCUCGGAUAUUUUGCCUACUGCAUUCGUUCUGGUUGGAAUUCCAGGCCUGGAGACAAAGCAUAUCUGGAUCUCCAUUCCCUUCUGCCUGAUAUACGUCAUCAUCUUCUUUGGAAAUGGUACAAUUCUACAUGUCAUCAGAACAGAUGUCGCUCUACACCAGCCUAUGUACCUCUUUCUUGCACUCUUGGCAUUGGCUGAAGUUGGUGUUUCUGCAUGCACCCUGCCCACAGUGCUAGGCAUCUUCCUAUUUGGCAUCACCGAAAUUGACUUCGAUGCAUGCCUUCUCCAGAUGUUCUCCAUUCACUCCUUCUCAAUCAUGGAGUCAGCUGUGCUGCUAGCCAUGUCUGUGGACCGUUUCGUGGCUAUAUACAGCCCUUUGCGCUAUACUGCCAUAUUGACUUUACCCCGCAUCUUUGGUACAGGAGUUCUUAUUGCACUGAAAAGCGUUGUGCUCAUGGCCCCAUUACCCUUACUCCUACGCCGUCUGCCUUUCUGUGGUCAUAAUGUCCUCUCCCAUUCCUAUUGCCUCCACCCCAACCUCAUUCAUCUACCUUGUGGAGACAUUUCCAUUAACAAUAUAUAUGGCCUUUUCAUUGUUAUCUCCACUUUUGGGCUGGAUUCGUUGCUCAUUGUGGUCUCCUAUGGGCUCAUACUCCACACUGUACUGGGUAUUGCCACUGGGGAGGGGAGAAGGAAGGCACUGAACACAUGUGUCUCGCAUGUCUGUGCUGUUCUAGCUUAUUAUGUGCCUAUGAUUGGCUUGUCCAUGGUACACCGCUUUGGACAUCAUGUAUCUCCUCUCCUGCAAUCUAUGAUGGCUAAUGCCUACCUCUUCUUCCCACCUGUUGUUAACCCCAUUGUCUACAGCAUCAAGACCAAAGAGAUCCGUCGUGGCAUUGUUCGAAUUCUAUCAGAGAAGAAAGGAAGAGUUUAG